AUGGUGUCCGAGCAGCUUUCCGCCAAGCACGCGCUUCCCUUCAAGACGAACAACAAGCUCAAGCGGAAUGACUUCAACCUCAAGCAGAAGAAGGUCCGCGAGGCCGCCAAGAGAGAUGAGAGGAUGCGCAGGAAGAGGGAAGAAGCCAAGAACCCCCGCUUGAAGGAGGAGCGAUUGGCGCGCAACGUUCCCCAGACCAUCGACAAUAAGCGUACCUGGGACGCUGUCGACAGCGACGACGACAACAUCCUCAAUGCGGCGGUCGAUGUGGAGCGGUUAAAGAGGCAGCGGGUCGUGGGGGAGGAGGUUGCCGGGCAGGACGAGGACGAGGAGGAUGAGGAGGAAAGUGAGGCUGAGGGCGAGGAAAGCGAGGAGGAUGAUCGUGACAGUAUGCUCGACGAGUCUGAAAGCGACGACGAUGAGGAGGAGGAAGAGGAGGAGAAGGCGUCGAAAAAGAAGCAGCGGGCAGCAUCACCUCCACGGACACAACGAGCAUCGAGUCCCGCGGGCUCCACGGCAACCACGAACCUCCACCUGACUCCCGAAGCCCUAGCAGGCAAAUUCCCGUCCCUCUUCGAACCUCAAACGAAAGAGCCCAAAAUUCUCGUUACCACCGCAAUCAACAGUACCCUCCACAAAGAGGCAGAGCUCUUCACGAAGCUUCUUCCCAACAGCAAUUACGUUCGCCGCUCCGCCCACCGCUACGGACACAAGUACUCCGUGAGAGAAAUCGCCAAGUUCGCAGCCAAUCGCGAUUACACCACGGUUGUAAUUGUCAUGGAGGACCAGAAGAAGCCGUCCGGCCUGGAUAUCGUGCAUUUGCCAAACGGACCCAUGUUCCACUUCAGUAUCAGCAAUUGGAUAGAAGGUGCCAAACUUCCUGGACACGGCAAUCCCACCGAACACUAUCCCGAGCUCAUCCUGAACAACUUCCGCACUCCUCUCGGUCUGCUGACCGCACAUCUGUUCCGCACCAUGUUCCCUCCUCAGCCAGAGCUGGAAGGUCGGCAGGUUGUCACGCUCCACAAUCAGCGUGAUUACAUAUUCGUGCGCCGACACCGUUACGUCUUCCGCGAUAAGCGCGCAACGGAGAAAAGUGUAAUAGGAGCGGACGGCAAGCCGAUCAAGGGCGCGGAAGAUAUACGGGCGGGUCUGCAGGAGCUUGGUCCUCGGUUCACGCUGAAGCUGAGGAGGAUAGACAAGGGCAUCCAGAAGGCUAGCGGCCAGGAGUGGCAAUGGAAGGCCGGAAGCGAGAAGGUCCGCACAAGGUUCGCGCUGUAA